UUUUUUUGUUGGUUGCUUGAGCGUUGGUGUUCGGCAAGCAAACCAAAGCAUUCAGACGAUGAUGGCUUCGACUCCGCAGCUUACCCUUUGUACCUUCUCCAUACACGAUGGCUACAACAAGCAACCAAGAAACAGACCACGCUCCAAAGGACGGAGCUUUGGUCCUUCUCUGCUCGGAAACAAGUCGGGAUUAUUAAGAGCUAGCGUGAUUGAGCUUCGUCAGAGACGGCCAGCGAUGAUUGGUUCGAAAGAAACUGUCUUUCUAACAAGAGAGAGAUCUCUUAAUCGUAAAAGAAGAGUCUUUAAGGUUAGCUGUAACAAAGGUUUGGACUUUAACGGCGGCGGAGAUAACAACGGGAACAACGGGAGGAUCCUCGGGAACCUCGCUUUGGCUAUUGGUUUGACUUAUCUCUCUAUGACUGGUCAGCUUGGUUGGGUUCUCGACGCUAUUGUAUCCGUCUGGCUGGUUGUGGUGAUUGUUCCAAUUUUGGGGUUGGGAGCUUUUCUUUGGUGGGCACAACGAGAUAUUGUCCAGAGUAGUUGUCCAAAUUGCGGAAACGAGUUUCAGAUAUUCAAGUCAUCGUUGGACGAUGAAGUACAGCUUUGCCCUUUCUGCACUCAGCCAUUCUCAGUUGCGGAUGAUAAGUUUGUUAAGGAACCAGUGAAAUUUUCCAACCAAACUACUGCUUUCGGACAAGACCUGAAUGGGUUUUCUUCUCCACCUAAGAAAGGAAAGGGUUUCUCAACAGCGGUAGUGGACAUAGAAGCUGAAGUAACAGAUGCAGACUGAAAAUGCGACCCAACAUAUUUUCAAGUAGACCGAGCAAAGAAGAUAUUGUAGAGACAAAACAACAAAUUCGUGCAAAGAGCUCGGUGUUGGAUAUAGAAGUAAUAUAGAUAUACACAUCCACCUGUAUAUAUACAUGUCCUUCCUUGACAUUGUUAUUACAUUUUGAUCUUAUGUUGUUUGAAGAUUGUUUGAAGUAGUAGUUUCCCAUC